AUGUCCAUCCUCGCCCGCUCCGCCGCCCCCCUCCGCCACGUCGCCCUCCGCGCGCCCCGCGCCGCCCCCGUGCGCUCCAUGCACAGCGAGCAGGCCGUUCCCUUCAAUUACUCCAACAAGACCGCGUUCGGUGCCAAGGUCUUCGUCUACCUCGCCACCGGCUUCGCCGUCCCCUUCGUCGCGGCUUACUACCAGAUGUCCAAGUCGUCAUAG